AUGGAACUGAAAUUUCGACUUCCACGACGUGUCCCUGAUGGACUAGAAGAGACAGUCUAUGAUUACUUACAACAUGACGCGGGGUUUGAGGGGUCCGCGAAUCUUGUAGUAUUGAGAGUGGAAUUGGAAGUGGAAAACGAUUUUAUUAGCCAAGACACAAAACGUUCCGUUGGUAGUGAGAGAUGA